GUCCAACACGAGUCUCUUCUCUCUUCUCCGUUCCUUCCCUCCUGAAAUUCUCCGCUCACGCCAAUCGAGGCACGCAAAUGGCUGAGAGCCCGAGCUGAGCAACCAGCCAAAGCGAGAAAUCCACUUGGAGAAGCUUCUGCGCCUCCCUCCCGAACGGAGGCGGGCCGGGGCGGGGAGGGGAGCACGCCUGCGCUCUGCGCCUGCGGGUAGGGUUUCUCCCGGCCCGACGAUGGCGUCCGCCAAGUCGUCGAGGUCGCGGCCCGCCGGCCACUCCGGAGUGUUCCCGGUGAACGCUGCGGCCGGCGCGGGAGGCAGCGAUGGCGGGGUGCAGCUCGCGGACAAGCUCAAGAUAUUCAAGACCGACAACUUCGACCCCGACGCCUACGUGCAGUCCAAGUGCCGCGCCAUGGACGAGAAGGUGAGGAAUCCGUCCGCCCCGGGAUUUCGCCUCCAGUGGUAGCGGGAGUGCCGCGUCGUCUUUCGCUCCCAAGUGCGACGGGAAAUAAGGCACCUGUGUUCCUACUUGCAAGAUCUAAAGAAGGCUUCUGCUGAAGAGAUGCGCAGAAGUGUUUAUGCAAAUUAUGCUGCAUUCAUCAAAACAUCAAAGGAGAUAUCAGACCUUGAAGGGGAGCUACUAUCAGUUAGAAAUUUGCUAAGUACACAGUCAGCUUUAAUUCAUGGUCUGUCUGAAGGGGUUCAGAUAGAUUCGUUGGCCACAGGGCCUGAAGGUUCUGCUGAACAAGACAUAUCCAGUGUUGAAGAUCAGGAGCCAUCAGAAAUAUGGAAAUGGUCCACAGAUUUCCCUGACAUGCUUGAUGUUCUGCUAGCCGAAAGAAGAGUGGAUGAAGCACUGGAUGCCUUGGAUGAGGCAGAACGGAUCGCUGCUGAUGCCAAACAAAAGGGAACUCUAUCCACGACUGACAUUCUGGCUUUAAAGAGGGUUAUAUCUGAAAACCGUCAGAAGUUGGCUGAUCAGCUAGCUGAAGCUGCUUGCCAGUCUUCUAUUUGUGGUGUUGAGCUUCGAGCUGCAGCUUCUGCUCUCAAGAGACUUGGUGAUGGACCUCGUGCUCAUAGUUUGUUGCUCAGUGCACACAAUCAGAGACUUCAGUUAAACAUUCAAACAAUACAACCAUCUAGCACAUCAUAUGGCGGGGAAUACACUGCUUCUCUUGCGCAACAAUUUUUUCCUGUUAUAGCUCAGGCUCUCAGUGACUCAGUUGAGGUCUUCAGUGAAAAAUCAGCUUACACAUCUGAACUAGUUACUUGGGCUACUAAGCAGGCAAUGUCAUUUUCGCUUCUUGUAAAGAGGCAUACUUUAGCCUCUUGUGCUGCUGGUGGGGGGUUAAGAACUGCUGCAGAAUGUGUUAAGAUAGCGAUUGGUUAUUCAGACUUGCUGGAAGCUCGUGGUCUAUCACUUUCGUCAGUUCUGAUGAAGCAACUCAGACCCUCUGUUGAGCAAGCAUUAGAUUCCAAUUUGAGGAGAAUUGAAGAGAGUACUGCUGCUUUAGCUGCAGCUGAUGACUGGAUACUCACCUAUCCUCCAACUGGUAUACGUCCACUGGCUAGAUCAUCUGGUAAUCUGGCACUCCAGCCGAAGCUCUCAAGCAGUGCUCACCGUUUCAAUUCAAUGGUUCAGGAUUUCUUUGAGGAUGUUGGACCACUGGUUAGCUUACAGCUAGGUGGUUCCGCGAUGGAUGGGCUUCUGAAAAUAUUCAACUCGUAUGUAAACUUGCUGAUAAGUGCUCUACCAGGGUCAGUGGAUGAUGAAGUUAACUUGGAAGGUUUGGGGAAUAAGAUUGUUAGAAUGGCAGAGACAGAGGACCAGCAGUUAGCUUUGUUAGCUAAUGCAUCUUUACUAGCUGAAGAGUUGCUACCGAGAGCAGCGAUGAAGCUGUACUCUAUGAACCCGGUCAGCAAAGAUAGCUUGCGUAGAAGAGGUCCUGAAAACCAAAAUCGUGCGGCAGAGCAGCGGGCAUGGAAAAGGAAGCUGAACCGCAUGGUAGAGAAACUUAGAGAUAGUUUCUGCAGACAGCAUGCUCUAGAUCUUAUAUUCACAGAAGAAGGUGACACCCGUCUGAGCGCAGAGAUGUACAUCGAUAUGGAUAAUACUGUUGAAGAUCCCGAAUGGGUUCCAUCUGCGAUUUUCCAGGAAUUGUAUGCGAAAUUGAAUAAGAUGGCAAGCGUUGCGGCAGACAUGUUUGUUGGUAGGGAAAGGUUUGCCACGCUGCUUAUGAUGAGACUUACGGAGGCAGUCAUGCUUUGGCUCUCAGACGACCAGAGCUUUUGGGAAGAGGUUGAAGAAGGACCAAGGGCUCUGGGUCCGGUUGGACUUCAGCAGUUCUACCUCGAUAUGCAAUUUGUGAUCCUUUUCGGGCAAGGUCGUUUCUUAUCUCGGCAUGUGCAUCAAGUCAUAUUGGACAUCAUUGAUAGAGCGAUGAGAGCGUUUUCUGCCACGGGGAUGGACCCUGAUAGGAUCCUUCCAAGCGACGACUGGUUCAUCGACGUUGCCCAGGAGAGUAUUAGUAGGAUCGGCGGCGGGAGGGCACGAGUCGCCAAUGGGGACAGGGAGGUGAACAGCCCCACAGCCUCCGUGUCAGCGCAGUCCGUGUCGUCAGUUAGAUCUCUCGGCAGCUCCUAGCGUGCACAGUUUCUGUAUCAAUAUUACUGUAGGGAUUUGUUUGGAUGUGUUUGUGCUGGUACAUAUGUGUGAGUAAUUAAUUGUAUGCCUAGGCCAAGAAAAUCCUUGAAGCUGGUCUUGUUCACCUGUUCUGAGACUUUGGGCCGGUCCACGCAUCGGCAUUCCCUACGGUAGUGGUAGGUAUUGAUGGACCAAAUGUACCGGCUGGUACAGCCACGGGCACAACACGAAUCGGCUAUGCUAUUGCUAGCUACGACACGGUUAUAGUUCCGUGACAGGUAUUGUCUGCUCUUAUAAAGCUCUAGUUUUUUUU